GCAGCAGAGGGCGGCUGGUGGAGGCCAUGGCGGCGCUGAGCAUCGGCGAUGCGGCCAGGCGGUCUCCUCGCCGCUUCGGACGCGAGGGUCAAUCCAAGGAGUCGUCUAAUACGUUACGGAUAAAUGAGGCAUCCCAACAUGUGCUCUCUCUCCUGCCUACCAGUAGUGGAUCAUCAGAAGAAUUGUUUUUCUCGGCAGAAAUCAACAAACCUUACCAUGAUUCAUCGACGUCGCUGCAAUCAAAUAGUGGAUUUCUAAGCACAUGUAAAAUGGAAUCUACAGACUCUCUUACUUUUGAGACUGUCGCAUCAUCUUGUAAUAAUUCUUCAGGAACAUACGCAUUCAACAAAGUAAAAGUUCAGAAGAACAGUAAAAAGAUGUAUAGCCCAGUCUCAACCACAAAAACUGGAAAGAAAGGCAGAAAGUUUUCUGCCCAGAGCACAAUGGCAGAAUCUGUAGGCCAGAAGGCGCGUGAAUCCAAGAGCUACCUCACAUAUGCUGCAAUUUUCGCACUAUUAGCCGCUAGUUGGUUUUACUUAGCUUUCACAUGUCCACGUGAUGAAAUUGUGUAUCAUACACAGCCAAAUACGAUGGAUCGUCUGAGGGAGCUAUUCAGCAUAAAGUAUGUAUAUCCUUACGGACCGCCUCCUGUAUAGUAAUAUAAAUGGAUAUGUAAUGAAAUAAUACACCUACAUGAAAUAAAAUUUGUAUCCUAUAUUCACUAGAUUAAAUGUCAUAAUUUGUAUAAUAGAUCAAGGUCCAAAUAUAUUGUUUAACAAUGGACAUGAUCAUUGUAAGCUACACUUUUUCCAUGCAAAAUAAAGG